AUGAACUAUUAGACAUUUAAACCAACUAUAUUAAAUGAUACAACAAAUAAGUUUCCUGUUUAAUUCAGAUCAAAUGAAAAACCUUGCAAUAAAAAUUCUGAUUUUAAUAAUAGUUUCCAUGAAAAUAAAUUAUUUGGUCAAUAAUUAGAGUACAUCAAAUAAUUAGAUGAAUAAAAAUCCAUAAUUGAAGGAUAAAAUCAAUUUAUUUAGAUUUUACGUAAUUCAAUUGAAAAUAAAUUGCAAAUUGAGGGAUUUUAAGAAGUUUUAGAUUAAGUUUUGAAUAUGUCAAGAGAAUAAAAAAUUGAUUUAUUUGCAUUACUUUCAUAACUUUAUCAAGAGCUUUACAUUUAGAAUUAAAAUGUGACAUAAAUUGAAAAUUUAUAACAAUUAGUUGAUAAUUUAAAUCAUUAAAUCAACUUUUAUGCUAAAGAAUUGAUGGAAUUAAAAGUAGACAAAUAAUAUUUAAUUGAUUAAUUGGAUUCAAUGGCAAGUACUACUAAAGAUGAUGAUACAAUAAUUUUUAAAGAAGCUUAAAUACAAAAAUUAGAAUCGGAAAAUCAUCAUUUGAAAUCAUAAAUCUAACAAAUUUAAUAAAAGAAUGAAAAAUAUUAUUAGGAUAUCUAAUAACUUGAAAAGAGAUUGAAUAAAAUUCAAGUAAAUUUAAAAACAGAAGAAGGAGAGAAAGAAGAGUUAAUGAAAGAGUUGGAUGGAUUAAGAUAAACCUUUUAUAAGAGUUUAUAGAAGGAUGAACAAAAGUAAGAAUUCAAUUUGGCUCUUAAAGAAUAAGAAAUGGAAUUUCUAAAUACAAAAAUUAAAAAACUAGAAUAAUAGAAUGAAGAAAAAAAUAAUUUAAUUGAGGAAAAAUUUAAAUAAAUUGAAUUAUUAAAAUAUCAACUGUAAGAUCUAGAAAAUAAGUUUUAAUAUUAAUUGGAAGAAGAUGAAAUAAAAACUAAUUAGAUCAAAUCUGAUUAUCAUGAAUAAUGUUUAUAUAGAGAUUAACUUUAAUAAUAAUUAUCAACUUCAGAAUAAUUCAUUUAAAAAUGUAUAUAUAAAGUAAUAUUUUUUAGUAACUUUAAAAGUCAAUUAGAUAACUAAUAGAUAGGAUUCAGAUAUUCUUAAAAAUCUACAUCAUCUGGAGGAUUUUAUAUAAAAUUCCUCACUGGCUGAAUAAAAGUAUUAAUAAUUAGAUCAAGAAAAAUCUUAAAUAAUAUUUGAUUUACAACAUUAGGUUACAGACUCUUAAUAAAUAAAUUAAUAAUUGUAAUAAUAAAUUUCUAUUCAAACCAAUUAAAUAUAAUAAUAUUAAAAUGACUUAAAAUAAUUAGACAAAUAAAAACGAAUAUUUAAAUAAGAAUUAAUUCACAUGAAAUAAUUAGAUGAAUAAAAAAACAAAGAAAUUUAAGAACUACAAAUUUAAUAUUCAAAAUAUGAUAAAAAAUUAUCUACUCAGCUAGAAUAACAAUUAGAAUUAGAAAAAGAGAAUGCUUAAUUAAAGGAAUAAUUGAUAAUUUUAUAAUAAUAAAUGAAUAGUAGCAAGAAUUAAUAAUCAAAUAAGAAAAGUAUUGCUUGUAGUUAAGUUUCAAUUUAAGAAUAAAAAGUUAAGAAUUUUGAUUAUAUUGCAUUAUUAAAAACAGUACAAUUAUAUUGAUUAAUUAUAGUUUGAAAUAGUUAAAACUAUGUUUUAAAUAGAAUGUUAAGAAAUAAUUUAAGAGAUGCUUGUGUUAUAAAAUAAAUUAGUUAGAACUGAAGAUAUUGAUAGUGAUCUUAUUUAAUAAGAAAUAAAAUUAUAGCAAAAAUUUUCAAGUCAAUAAUUAAAAUUAAAGGAUGCUCAAUUUUAAAUGGCCAAAUUAAGUAAAGAAAAUAAAGAUUUAAAAUAAAAAGUUAAAUAAUUAAUUAUUUUAGAUUGCUAAUAAUCAUACUUAAAGUUUAAAUCAAAGUUAUAAUUAAACAAAUUAGUCAUUUGGUUAAAAUAACAGUAUAGCCAGAUAUCAUAAAUAAUCAAUAUCAGUCCAUACUAAACUACGACCUUAAUGA